AUGUACAUACACACAGACACGUACAUACAUACACAGACACAUGUACAUACAUACACAGACACAUGUACACACAGACAUAUGUACGUACAAAAACACACACACACACACAUAUACAUGUACAUACACGCAGACACAUGUACAGAUACACACAUGUACAUACACAUAGACACAUGUAAAAUUGUACAUGCAUACACAGACACACACAAACACACAUACAUGUACACGUACACACACACACCCCCCCCAUAAAAAGUUGCAGUACUUCAUUGUUCACUCUCAGAUCCGGGUACUGCACUCUAGGGGGAGGCAGAGAGCACAGCACACUCCUUGCUUUGCUUUCACUGUGCUCAGCUAUUGAGCAGUCUGACGGCUCCCAGUGCCAAUGACAGAUCCGGCCUGAGCUCCGAGCCUGCUUAGCAAGACGGCCCUGGCGAACACACUCGCCCCCACCAUAAUUUCCACUCGCCAUUGGCAAGCAGGCGAGUGGAAAUUUCAAGCCCUGAUCUAAUUG